GCCGUAAGAUGGACACCAAAUUCGCGCGCUGAAGACAAGAAAUGACUAACCGAAAUCUUACACAGUAAUAUUAUGUAAAGUCAUAUAACUAUGGUGCAAGAAAAUUAGCCAACGUCUCUAUCAAUGCACUCCAGUGAAUCAUUUAUUGCAAUAUAGUGCAUGCUGGGAAGAUAAAUUAGCCUGUAAAACUGAUAAGAAGUACCAAAUCAUUGUAAAUAGAAAUGAGUACUGAUAGGAGCGCGUGUUUGUUCUGUAAAAUAUACGAUGGAGACGAACCCACAGAAGUCUUGUAUCGGGAUGAAGAUUACAUAGUGUUUCCAGAUAUUAAACCGGCUGCGAAACAUCAUUAUUUAGUAAUUACGAGAGAGCACGUACGGAAUGCCAAACAACUGACUUCGAACGAUAAAAAAAUUCUAGAAGACAUGGUAAGAAUUGGGAAGGAAGUACUGGAGGAAAGAGGUGGUGAUCUCUCAGACUUAAGACUUGGAUUUCAUUGGCCUCCAUUCUAUUCAAUUGGACACUUGCAUUUGCAUGUGAUUUCUCCUGCAAGUGAUAUGUCAUUUGUCUCCCAGUUAAUUUUUCGAAACAACUCGUGGUGGUUUGUCUCGCCGGAAUAUGUUAAAUCACGUCUUUGAUGAAGAGAAAACAUAGGGGAAGCAGCUUUUCAGUAAAUAGAAUAAACUAUCUGAAGGGCAAUUUGCAAAGUAAUGAGACUGAGUUUUUAAUUGUAAGCAUGUGUAUAUAUAUUAUGUACAGCGUAUUAUACAUUUCUAAAUAUUUGUAUUUACCCCUUACCUCACUAUUCCAAUUUAUGGCUACAUGAUAUUAUGAAGUUUGUCAGUGAUGCUGAACAGUUUAUGUAUUUGUUGUUCUUUUUUUACAGUUUAUAUUUUGGCUUCAUAAACAGGUCUUCAUACCAUUUUUCCACUUUUUUGUUGUUAAGAUGCUAUAUUUGUAACAUAGCAUAAACAAAACUCCAGAGACAUAUAGGCAGCCUACCUGCAUUAAACUUCCAUAUUGUACGUAUAAGCGUGGUUUAUUGUCAAUAGCAUCAUAAUAAAUAAACAUACCGUGAACAAAUUCUGAAAUAUACUGUGAACAAAUUCUGAAAUAUACUGUGAACAAAUUCUGAAAUUUCAUGUUGUGUGGGUGACAUACACAAUGAUGGCAAUUAAAGGUUUUUCAUGACUGCAUAAAUAUUUGUAAUAAAUGAAAAAGGUGCA